AGAGGGGGGAACAAGAAAGACAUUCAUAUGUCAGAACUCACGAGGAAGCGGGGUAGCAAACAACACUUGACAGACGGAAGGAUUAUACAAACUUUCUAACCUGUACCUUAUCAAAGAGCUCAUCAAGAGAGACAAAGGCUGAGAGAAACAAAAGAAGAGUAAACAGAAGAGAGCACAGUGGACAUACCGCAGAACAGAUUUACAAGUUAUUACUGAAGGAAGAAAUGUUUUUUUAGCAAGAAGCAGAAGAUAGAAAAUAAACAAGAGGCAACAUGACAAUUGUUGCAGUUCCCCGAGUGCUCUUUCUCCAUUUCUUCCUCCUUAUUCUCCUUCAUAUGUCUUCAUCUUCAGAGAACAAAAACACCACCAUGACAGGAAAACGGGGGCGGGGAUUCACUGUGGUUAAUAACACACUACCGGAAAAGCAUAAGGAGCAGAUACAAAGCAACAUCACUGUACUACUGGUUCCUCUUGUCUGCCUCCUGGCCUUCCUCAUUGGGCUUCCUGCCAACUUGCUUGCCCUCUGGGUGCUGCUCUUCCGAACCAACAAGCUCCCUUCCACCAUUCUGCUGAUCAAUCUGACCUUCUGUGAUCUUCUGUUACUUCUGGUGCUGCCCUUCCGUAUUGUCUAUCACUUCAGUGGCAACAACUGGACUUUUGGGGAACCGCUCUGUCGCAUUGUGAUUGGACUCUUCUAUGGAAACAUGUAUGGCUCAGUGGUGUGUCUGGCACUGAUCGCUGUGGAUCGCUAUGUUGCUCUGGUCCACCCUUUUGGUGCCAAGAUUCUUCGUAGUAAGAAGAAUUCAGUCCUCAUGAGUGUAUUGGUUUGGAUUGUGAUUACAGCUGCUGCUCUGCCCUUGUUAGUCUCAAAACAGUCUUAUCAGAUAAAAAACCUUCAUAUAAUCACCUGCCAUGAUGCACUGCCUCCAGAGGAACAGCAGAAAUACUUCCUGCCUUACUUUGUUACCCUCUUCUCUCUCUGCUUCCUGCUUCCACUGCUGGUAGUGUUGUUCUGCUAUGGUGCUGUCUUACACACUCUUUUGGCUGAAGGUCAGCGUUAUGCUCAUGCAGUAAGAGUGACUGUGCUGAUGUUGGUGGUUUUUGUGGUUUGCUUGUUGCCAAGCAAUGUUCUCCUGUUGUUGCAUUACUCAAAGUCAGACUUUGUCAAUAAUCACCUUUAUAUACCUUACUUGAUCAGUCUGUCUUUCAGCACGUUCAACAGCUGCAUUGAUCCUUUUAUCUUUUAUUAUGUAUCUGAGGAUUUUAGGAAGAGGGUGCCAAAAGCUCUGAGCUGUUCUGGAUCAGAUUCAGAUUCCUCCUCAGAAACUUCUAGGUCAAAGAGCACCUUGUUAUUGAAGUUGAGUAGGACUGAAGGACCCUUAAAUGGAGGAGCAUGUUGAUUGUGAGUUUCUAUGAGAGGUGUGGAAAUAAAACUUAAAAAGGAGACAUUAGAUUAGAGAAUUAAAAAAAUCUAGGGAACAUAUUGUGCAAUAUAUCAAAAUGUAAAUUAAUUUGACUGUAAAAUAAAACUGAAUACAUUUAAUGGAAAGCAGUGGAAGGUAAGAUGUACAGUUACUGUAACAAUUUUCAACAAAUGUAAAUACUGACAUAAUAUACUAUUGACCUGUUUCAUGUGACGUUGCUGUAUGACUAUGCGCCAUGUUUGUGAACAAAAUUCCAUAUACCUUCAGCGAGCUGCACUGUGGGAUGCGACAAAAGAUUUGUUUUUAUUUAAAAAUCUUUAAAAUGUGAUACUGCUGUAUACUUACCAGAGCCAAAAUGUAAUUUUUCUUUCAAUAAAGUUGCACGGCUUCAUUUCGCCAAAGUUAAACAGCGAUGAAGGGGGAGAGCAAGGAUAAAUCAGUUAUCUGUACACGUGUGAAUUUUAUUUAAAACAUAAUCGAGUCAGAUACAUUUAAACUGGAAAUGCACAUAGGACGAUGUUAAAUUCAUAACACCCAAUAAAUAAAAAGCUCUACAAUGUCAAUAUACAGUUAUUUAUAUUUAAUAUGUAUAUACACUAAUGUUAGUCAAUAAACAACACAUCAUAAGAUUAUGAAGCACAUACUUUAUUCACACCACCAGACUACAGUGUAAACAUAUUUGUCACAUGCACUAAUAUGCCUCGGUUGCUUUCUGUGCAGCUCUUAUAUUCACAGAGAUGGGUUCAUCACAGAUGUUUUGUAAUAUUUUGAUAAAAUCAGACCAGAAAACAACACAAAUCCUUUGUAACUUCUGAAUGAGAGAUAUUUUUACAAUGAUGUAGUGGUAGGCAUGUGUACUCGCCCACCAUUGCUUCCUCCCUCUGAUGGUCACAAAUAUGGCGGUAAUGCGAAAAAUGUGACAUCACUAAAACAGGUCAAUAUAAUUUGCUUCGUGCUUUAUAAACCACAUAUCAAGGCAAAAAUGGCUUAUUACAAACUUGUACCCUAUAACAUAGGCAUGCAUGGCAAAUAAUAGUUUAUUUAUAUGUGUGAAUGUGCAUAAAGGUAGGAAGUGCUGAGAUAUAUGUCACAUUUUAACCAUGUCUAUCUUAUGACAUAAAAUGAUCUUCUCUAUAAAUGAUAGAUCCCAAAUAUUCUCAAAUACAGCAUGUACUAUUGCUGAUACUGUUAUUCAUGCCUAAUUCCUUUAACCCAUUAUACCUUGAUUGUAUAACCCUAACACAAAACUGAAAUAAAGGUCACUGACAUUGUAUUAAUACUAUACUGUCCUCUAAUGUUUUGAAACAUACACACCUUACAGUGAUGCCAUUAUUGAACCUAGAGACAUGACCUAGAGUGGAGGUAAGAGCACAGCCUGGGUGAUCCAAUACUUACACUUAUAUAACACACAUUAUAAAGGCUGAGUUACAAUCUUUAAACCAUUCCAUUUAGCAAUUUCCCUGAAAACAUUAAAGACUAAUUAUGAUGAAAUGUAGCUCUACAAAAUACUUGAGGUCCAUACAGUACUGUACAUGUUGGGUACUGGGUCAGUAAUAUCCAUAAUGCGUUUCAUGUGCUGAUGAUAGCCAGUAGCUGGUUCCACUUUUGCAGGCCACCACAGUCUGGAUGUGUUGGAGCAUGAGUCAUAAAGAUGAAACAAUGAUUUGGAAUGUGGAAGAAGAGGAAGGACCCUCCCCCCCAAAAAACCCUCACAAAGCGAUCUGCUGUACAGUAAAUACACUUUCUGUGCAGACAGCACAAAAUCAAACAAGAGAAUCUGCAUAGGGGCCUAGAAGUAUUAGACAAUUUUUGGCACUUAAGUCACACUUAAAUAUGUCUGAUUGUCAUUAAUAACAUAAUAUCAAAAAACUAGUGGCAUCUGCAAACAAAUCAUGCUAGGCCAUUUCUCAGCUAACUUUUCUGAGCCAUUUUUGCAAUUGCUCAUAACAAACUGGUGUCUAGCAGGCACAUACCGUGGACUUUGAGACUGGACAAGCAUCAAAGAUUUUUAAGACAUAUUAUUAAACGCUGUGCUCAAAACACAUUAUACGGUCAAUAUCGCAGAAAUGUUAUAGAUGUAAAUCGUUAACUGAAGCUCCUGACUGUAUCUGCAUGAUUUUAUGCAGCCCACCUAGUCUGUCUCCACGUGUGACGGCAGUGUUGGAUAAAGGUGUGGGCCGAGGGAACCGCAAAAUCAGGUUCACGAUUGGGAGUUGUAAGCAUACUUCACCCACGGGAGUCACUCGCACCAGGACGAGGGGUUCUGAGCGGCCACGGAACAAAGCAUCCCCUCUAGACUUUGGUUGGCUCACUCAGUUUGGCCAUUGGUCUGGGGAUAGAAACCAGAGGACAAGCUAACUAUAGCCCCAAGCUGCCAAAAAUAUUCCCUCCAGAAGUUGGACAUAAACUGGGGGCCCCGUCGGAGACCACAUCCAAUGGAAUACCGUGUCAAUCCGAAAGACCUGGUACACGACAGCAGCCGCUGUCCCACAAGCUGAAGGGAGUCCUGGGAGCGGGAUAAAAUGGGCUGCAUUUCGAGAACCUGUCAACCAACCUCAUGAUGACUGUAUUGCCAUGGGACGAAGGUAGUCCCAUGAUGAAGUAAAGGGCGAUGUGUGACCAGGGACUCGAAGGCACAGACAAGGGUUGAAGGAGUCCGGCUGGGGGGCUGUGAGAAGUCGUACCAUGCACACAGACUGAGCAAGCCAAGAUAAACUGUCGUAUGUCCCGCCCCAUUGAUGGCCACCAGAACCAAUGCCAAAAAACGGACGAGUGGCCCCACUGCAAAACUGCAGACCAGACCAAUCGUCGAACAAAGAGUAAGCUUCCCGGCAGUCCUUCCAGGGCUGUCACUCCCCAAAGCGCUCUCCACACUUUUGAUUCAAUCUCUCAUGGCACCGCUCCUAUGACGAAGUGGGGGAAAGGCGGUGUGGGGGAGACUCAAAUCAACAUUCCCUUCAAAAAGAAGAGAGCGUGUCCGGUUUGAUGUAUUUAGACUCUGGUCGGUAGGAGAUGGUGAAGUUAAACCUACUGAAAAAGAGCACCCUUCAGGCCUGUCUCAAAUUAAGCCUCUUAGCUGAUCUAUUAUACUCUAAGUUCUUGUAAUCGGUCCAGACCAGAAAGGGCUCUGUGGAACCCUCCAGCCAGUGACACCACUCAUCCAAAGCCAGCUUGAUGGUGAGCAACUCACGAUUACCGAUGUUGUAAUUCCAUUCCGCCGGCGUAAGGCAAUGUGAAAAGAACAUACAGGGAUGCAUCUUGCCAUCCCCUGGCAAGCUCUUGGAGAGAACCUCACCCAUACCCACCUGAGAUGUGUCAACCUCCACCACGAACUAACAGGACGGAUUGGGGUAAAUAAGAAUAGGGGCAGUGGUAAACCAGGACUUAAGAUCAUCGAAUGAAUGUUGGGCCUGAGAAGAACAGAUACAUUUGGAUUUGGUGGAGGUCAGACUCGUGAGGGGGCGGCUAUUAGGAUGUAGUUGUGAAUAAAACGCAAUUAACAAAUCCCAGAAACCUCUGCAGGGUCCUGCGGGAAUCUGGGACUUGUCAAUCGGUGACAGUUCUCACCUUAGACGGAUCCAUGCACACACCGGUGGAGGACACGAUGAAACCCACAAACGGAACCGACUGCGCAUGGAAUGCACUCUUCUCCACCUUGACAAACAGCCGAUUUUCUAAUAAACGUUGCAGCAUCCACCUGAUGUGCUCUAUGUGUGCCUGGAGAGUCCGAGAGAAGAUUAGGAUGUCGUCCAGGUACACAAACACAAAUUUGUUGACCAUAUCGUGGAGCAUGUCUUUGACAACUGCUUGUAAGAUGGCUGGGGCAUUGGUAAGGCCGAAGAGCAUCACCAAGUACUCGAAAUGCCCUGUAGGGGUGUUGAAUGACGUCUUCCACUCAUCGCCCUCCCUAAUCCUCACAAGAUGGUACGCGUUGCGGAGGUCCAACUUAGAUAGUGAAGAUAGUCACUCCCAGCAGCAACUCGAAGGCUGAAGACAUCAAAGGUAAAACUAUUCUUAAUGGUGAUGUCAUUCAGCCCCCAAUAGUCGAAGCAGGGCCUUAAGGAACUGUCCUUCUUCUACACGAAGAAGAACCCCGCACCAGCAGGGAAGAGGAAGUGUGAAUGAGGUCGGCUGCUAUCGAUUCACCAAUAUACUUCUCCGUAGCCUCCUGCUCCGGAGCUGAAAGACAGUAGAGUCAACCUUGAAGCGGAGAAGUGCCUGUGAGAUCAAUAGCACAGUCAUAAGAGAUGCAUCCUGGGACUUGCUGAAAACCACUCCCAGGUUAUGGUACACCACCGGAACCGUGGACAGAUCGACUGGUUCAGCCUGUAACACACAAACAGAAGAAGAAGAGACAAAAGACAGGGCCAGACCCAAACAAUGACUGGAGCAGAACGUGCCCCAUGAAAUGACGGAGUUGCCAGCCCAAUUUAUGUGAGCAUUGUGCUUUAUUAGCCACAGGUGCCCUAAGACUAUGGGAGCCAGUGGUGAUCCAAACAAGUAAAACACAAUCCUCACCUCGUGAUUGUCUGAAACUCUCAGAUGCACCGGGACCGUGGCCUUCAUGAUCUUGAACAAUGGGGCACUGGUGAGCGAACUGGUAGGAAUGGGCCGGUCUACAGGCACCACAGGAACACCCCACUGGGCCACCAUGUCUGGAUCCAAGAGAUUCCCCUUGGCCCCUGAGUCAAUGAAGGCUGACACAGGAUGGGAGGUCCCAUCCCAGGAGAUCAAAGCAGGAAGGUGCGUACAAAGAGUAGAGGACUUGACAGGACCCGUUUCGCUCACCAGUAGCCCCCGAUUUACUGGUAAGCAUUGGCUUUUAACUGACAGUCAGCAAUAAGAUGACCAGCUUUCCCACAGUAAAGACAUAAGCCCUGUAAGAUGCGCUGUUGUCUCUCAUCCUUGGACAACCAUACCCGAUUGACCUGCAUAGCUUUGAUGUCGGAAGUAGGUUCCAUAGUGGGACGAGUAGUGCUAGAGCGGGUGGUGACAUCGAGACCUCGAUUGUAGGUACCCUGUAGUGUCCACCAGCGGCGACGGUGAGCGAGGCAGCAAUCCACGCAAAUUGCUAAGUCCACAAGAUCAUCAAAGCGAUCGGACAAAUCCAAGGAAUUUCAAACCUGCAGUGAAACUCAUUCAGUUCAUCAGCUAUUAGUUGACUCUCUUCAGAGCGAGAGGGAGGUGUCUUGUACUUGGUUAUGCUUUUCAGGCCUUUCCACACAGAUGCAGGAUCGUUGGCUGAAAACAGUUUUUUCAGCUUUUUAGAGUAGCUUCUUUUAGCCACUCUGUUUUCCUUACUCAGUGUGUUCCUGGCCUGGUUGUACAAUAUUUUAUCCCCACGUCUAUAAGCAUCCUCUUUGGCAUGACAAAGCUGUCUGAAUUGUCCUGUAAACCAUAGUUUAUCAUUAUUGAAUGAUAAAAAUGUCCUAGUAGGGAUGCACAUAUCCUCACAGAAACUGAUAAUGAUGUCAGUAUCUGUGAGCUCGUCCAGGUCUGUGGCUGCAGCUUCAAAAACACUCCAAUCAGUGCAAUCAAAGCAGGCUUGUUGUUCCAGCUCUGCUUCAUUAGCCCAUCUUUUUACAGUCCUUACUACAGACUUAGCUGAUUUGAGUUUUGCUCGUAGGUCGGGAGAAGAUGAACCAGACAGUGAUCAGAGAGUCCUAAAGCUGCACGUGGGACAGAGCGAUAUGCAUCCUUUAAAGUGGUGUAGCAGUGGUCCAGUAUAUUUCUGUCUCUGGUGGGGCAUGUGAUGUGUUGUUUGUAUUUUGGAAAUUUACGGGUGAGGUUAUCUUUCUUAAAAUCUCCCAGAAUAAUAAUAAGUGAGUCCGGGUGUUAUUGCUCCCUAUCUGUGAUGUGAUCAGCAAGCUGUUGCAGCGCUGUGUUCACGCAUGCUUGUGGCAGGAUAUAAACACUCACCAGAAUGAACGAGGAAAACCCCCGCGUUAAGUAGAAAGGCUUACAGUUGAUGAAGUGCGCCUCUAAAUUAGGACAGCACAUCUUCUUCAACGCUGUUACAUAUGUACAUCAACUUUUGUUGAUGUAAAAGCAUGUUUCACCACCUCUCGUUUUCCCUGAUGAUUCCACAAUACGAUCCGCUCUGAACAGCUGGAAGCCCAGCAGAUGAAACGCACUGUCCAGAAUGGCUUCAUUCAGCCAGGUUUCCAUGAAACACAGAGCAGUGGAGUUACAAAAGUCCUUUUUUGUUUGAGUGAGCAGAAGCAGUUUGUCCGUUUUGUUGGCGAGGGAGUGGACGUUUGCCAGAUGAAUACUCGGCAGAGGAGUCCUAAAGCCGCGUUGUCGAAGCUUCACAAGCGUGCCGGCUCACUUCCCUCACUUGCGUCUUUUGGAUCGCUUGUAGAGCACCACUGCGCCUCCAACUAAGAUGUCUAAUAAAACAUCAGAAUAAUCAAACAUCGGCAAAAAUGAUCAGGUAUGCUCUGCCGAAUACUCAGCAGUUCAUCCCUGGUGAAACUGAUCAGGAAAAAGUGACAAAAAACAUGACCAACAAACAAAAGUAACAAAAACGCUAGAGAGCUCCACACGAGGCAGCCAUCUGUGUCACCAUCUUGAAACUAUAAAUAUAAAGGGAGAGCAGAAUGAGCCUCAGGUGCAAACAUUAACAAGCGGGCUGGCACGAAUAAUAAUCGCAACACAGCGACAGCCAUGCACGGCAUGAGAGAGAACUGUCAAACAAAACAAACAAACACAUGUCACAAGCAUAAACACACACACAUACACACACACACACACACACACACACACACACACACACACACACACACACACACACACACACACACGGGGAAGAAACAGCCAGA